AAAAAAGAGAGGAGAGAUAGAGAGAUAGAGAGAGAGAGUUCUUCCUUAAUUCUCUGCGUGUAAGUUGCGCUGUCUUUCUCGUCAUUUUACUUUCCACUCCAUUUCUCUCCGGAAUUAUAGAAAAGAAAAUUUUUGUUUCAAAAAUUACCGAAACGACCAAAGCGAAGAGAAAAAGCCUCCCUCUCCUUCUUCUCCUUCCUCUCCAUUCGCUUCGCUGCUCUGUCUUUUUUCUUUUUUUCUGCCUCUCACUAUAUGUUUCCAAAAACAAAAAAACACACACACAGACAUUAACACAAAUACAUAAGCUUCGUUCCAUUUUCAGGAGCUUUGCGGGGGCUUUCCAAAACUCCUCUCCUUCUUCUUCUUCUUGUUCUUCUUCUUCUUCCUCAGAAGCGCCAUCGGAGGAUUUUGUUAGAAUAUCUCAGAUCCAUUACUCGCUUCAAUUUUGAUUUGGAUCAGUUUAUGAAUAAUUUUUGAAGCGAGAUCAAUUCAAAUUGGAUCGAGCAAAUUUGCUGCUGUUGGUUGAUUGUUUAUCUGAACACCAGCUACGAUGAAGAAGGUGUUUGAUCAAACUGUUAGGGACCUUAAGAGAGAGGUGAAUAAGAAAGUUCUUAAAGUUCCUGGAAUAGAGCAGAAGGUUCUUGACGCUACCAGCAAUGAGCCAUGGGGACCUCAUGGGUCACUUCUUGCUGAUAUCGCCCAGGCCACGAGAAACUAUCAUGAAUACCAGAUGAUCAUGGCCGUGAUUUGGAAGCGGAUUAACGAUACUGGGAAGAACUGGCGGCAUGUUUACAAGGCUUUGACUGUUUUGGAAUACCUGGUAGCCCAUGGGUCAGAGCGUGUCAUAGAUGAGAUCAGGGAACAUGCAUAUCAAAUUUCAACAUUGUCUGAAUUCCAAUACAUUGAUUCCAGUGGAAAAGACCAGGGAAACAAUGUCAGAAAGAAAUCGCAAAGUCUUGUGGUCCUGGUAAAUGAUAAAGAAAGGAUUAUUGAAGUUAGACAGAAAGCAGCUGCUAACAGGGACAAGUUUCGCAGCACAGCAGCAGGUGGAAUGUACAGGCCUGGUACAGGAGGGUAUGGUGACAGAUAUGAUGAUGAUCGUUAUGAAGGACGCUAUGGAGGCAGAGAUGAAGAUAGAAACGGUUAUGGCAGAGAAAGAGAAUGGGGCUAUAGGGAUGAUGACAGGUACGGCAGAAAUGGGGACCCUUAUCGUGAUGGGGAUCGUUAUGGCAGAGACUAUGAAGAUCGCUAUGGAAGAGAUGGUUACAGGAAUGAUGACUACCGUGGAAGAAGUCAAAAUGUUGAUGAUGACCAAUAUGGCACAAGAAGUAGAAGCUCUGACAGAGAUAGAGACCGUUCAUAUGAUGAUGAUGGUCAAAAUUCAUCUCGUGGUAGUGGUGCCAAAGCUGAUGACUAUCAGAAUGGAAGGCGGCUUGAAAGGAAAUUUUCUGAACAAAACAUUGGUGUUCCUCCUAGUUAUGAGGAGGCUGUAAAUGAAUCUCGAAGCCCUGUUCACAGUGAAAGGGAUGGAGAAACUGCAGCAGCUCCUGCUCCUAGAUCUUCUUCUCCACCUGUAAACAAUCGUCCAUCUUCAUCUCCACAUGUAAGCAAUGAUCCACACCCAACUUCUUCACCUGGAAGCCAUCAUGUAGGACAAGCAACCAAUGCUCAAGAUUUUAAUGCAAUGCCUGUGAACCAGGAAGUGGAGGCUGCUGAUGAAUUUGACCCACGUGUUCCAGUUUCAGCUGCACCAGCUACCUCAAAUAGUGCUGAGGUUGACUUGCUUGGUGGUCUGUCAGAUUCAUUCAUGUCAAACUCAUUGGCUGUUGUGCCUACCACAACUGAUACUGCUGCAUUUGAAACCGAGUCCCAUGUAAACUCCAGUUCAGCACCCACAUUUGGAGCCACUCCAUCUGCAUCUAACAGCUUGAAUCAGUCCUUUGAAGAUCCAUUUGGUGACACCCCAUUCAAAGCCGUCCCUUCUAAUGAAGGUUUUCACGCUCCACCACAGGCUUCCACUUCCUCAGAUUAUUUUCACAAUGCUGAACCAUCCCAUGCCAGUGAUGUAAAGGCUGACAGGGGCACUGGUUUCGACUUUGGGGACCCUCUUUCUGGCUUGACUUAUUCUACAUCCGAUGUGUCUACUGUUCCAACUUCAUCAACAAACUUCCAUUAUUCUCCUCAAGAGCUGCCUCCGAAUCAGAACACUGAUAUUUUAGCUGAUAUUCUCCCACCUUCUGGACCUUCACCUAGCUAUGCUUCACAUUCACCGCAAUCAUUUUCAGCUCCAGCAGGCCAACCUGCACAGCCAGGUGCUAAUGCUUUUGGUAGUUAUCAACCACAGCCGGGAGCCAUAGUUCCUGUUUCUUCUAAUAUGGUUACUCAGACUCAAAAUGGUUAUGGAGGUGGUAAUUAUCUCCCCCAUGGAGGAUCUACUGCUCCUAUAACCUCCCAUCUGGGUUCUCAAAUGUCAACUGCACCAACUGCACAAUUUAAUAGUGGAAGUUUCAUUUCACAAGGUGGAUAUACACCUGCGAACAAUGGAAACUUCUAUGCACAACAGGGAGCAUCUACAGUUCCAACUACACCACACAUCGCUCCCCAGAAUCCCAUUGGAUCAGCAUCUCAUUUUAGCGGUGGGAACUUCCUUCCACAACAGGGUCCUCCAGCCUUGGCAGCUCCACAAGUAGCUUCUCAGGCUGCAACUGGACCCACAACUCAACCUAACAAUGAUGUUCUUGGUAAUAUUUUUCCACAAACAGGAGCAAGCACUUCAUUGUCUUCUCAGCAAUCUCUUCCUAAUUCAACAGGAGCACUAGCUAUUGUUCCUCAACCAUCCAAAAAGUUUGAGCCCAAGUCAGCAGUUUGGGCUGAUACACUGAGCAAAGGACUAGUUGACUUGAAUAUAUCUGGACCGAAGAUAAAUCCACUGGCAGAUAUAGGAAUUGAUUUUGAUGCCAUCAACCGGAAGGAAAAGAGGUUGGAAAAGCCUGCUGCCACUCCUGCUGUAUCUACUAUAAACAUGGGGAAAGCUAUGGGAUCUGGCUCUGGGAUAGGCCGAGCUGGUGCAGGCACUCUUAGGGCUCCAUCAAACCCUAUGAUGGGUUCUGGGAUGGGAAUGGGAAUGGGUGGUGUUCCUGGUGGAGGCAUGGGUAUGGGAGGAUAUGGAGGUGGUAUGAACCAGAACCAACCCAUGGGAAUGGGAAUGGGUAUGGGUAUGAACAUGGGCAUGGGGAUGAACAUGGGUAUGGGUCAAGGAGUUCCAAUGCAACAGCCAACUGGAUUCCCUCAAGGAUCAAACAUGGGUGGCAGUUAUAAUCCUAUGAUGGGUGGAGGUGGUUAUGCUCCUCAACAGCCGUAUGGUGGUUACCGAUGAUGAUUAUACUGUACCAAACUUUAGUUCCAGGCGGUAAAGUAUUAGCAAAAAAGCUUGGCAUUGUCAGUCUAAGUGUUUUAAAUUUGGCCACCAAUUUAUACACCUAGAACCCCCAUAUUUUGGUAUCUGAAGCCCUGUAUUUUUGAUAGUUUGUAAUUUUGUCUGGCAUUGCCUGUCUGAUGUGGUUGUAUGUUUAUACUCCUCUUCCUGUUUACUUCUCAGAAUGGUCAUUUUUCUUCUUUUUGGUCGCAAGAGUUGGUUCUGUAGGUUCAUUUGCUGGUUGCAGCUGUUGUGUUGUGUAUUAGUAAUGAUAACCAAUCUUAGGUUAUCCAUAUCUUAUUUUUACCCAUAUUUUUUUUGCUCCCUUUGUCAAGGAUACAUGCUAAACAAUAAUAUGAUGAUUCAUUCAAAUUUUGUUUUC